UGUACACAGAUAUUCCCCUUCAUAUGUUUAUUUGGUAAAAUUUUUAAUCUAGUUACUCAGAUUAUUACUUGGCGUCAUUCAUAUGUCAAUUUCAGACGGAACCAAUGCCAAAAGCAAUCAAUUAAUUAGUUAUUUGGUUUUGCUGACCUCGAGUGCUGAGUUUGCGCGAGAGAGCCGUGAUCGUAGAGCGAAUGAUGGAGGGGUCGAGGACGUUAACGAUUCUCUACGGGAGUCAGACGGGAACGACGCAGGAGGUGGCCGAGCGGGUGGGCCGAGAGGCGAAGCGACGCCACUUCGCUACGAAAGUUUCGGCGAUGGACGACUAUAACAUCGCUGACAUGGUGAGAGAGCAGGUCGUCGUCUUCCUCUGCGCCACGACAGGCCAGGGAGAGGAGCCUGACAACAUGAAGGCAUUUUGGCGAUUUCUUCUAAGAAAAAACCUGCCCACGUCAUCUCUCGCUGCUGUGAACUUUGCUGUGCUCGGUCUUGGGGACUCGUCCUAUCAAAAGUUCAACUACGUCGCGAAGCGGCUGUAUCGGCGAUUACUGCAGCUAGGUGGCACUGCUGUCGUCUCGCUCGGUCUGGCGGACGACCAGCACGACCUCGGCGCGGACGGCGUCGUCGACCCCUGGCUGCGAUUGCUCUGGGACAAAGUGAUGCUGCUGCACCCUCUCCCCGCAGGCGUGGAGGUGGUGGGAGACGAUGUGCUUUCAGAUGUUCGCUUGCCACUGGAGAGUCAACUGCCGCGACCGUGCACUGUGAGGGAGUGCGUGGAAAGUUACUGGGACAUCCAAGCCGUUCCUAAAAGGUACUUCUUUGAGCUUCUGUCGCACUUUGCGUCCGACGAGCUGGAGAAGGAAAAAUUUCAGGAAUUUGCUUCAUCGGAGGGUCAGCAAGAGCUGUACGCAUACUGCAACCGCCCGCGUCGCAGCAUCGUGGAGGUACUGCAAGACUUCGUGCACGUGCGCGGCGAGAUCCCGUUCGAUCGCCUAUUCGACCUUCUCCCCGCCAUGCAGCCGCGAGCCUUCUCCAUCGCCUCCAGUCUGCAGGCACACCCGGACGAGAUACAGAUCCUGAUGGCGGUGGUGGAGUACCGGACGAAGCUGCUCGAGCCGAGGCGGGGCGUCUGCUCCACGUGGCUGUCGGCGCUGACACCUGGUGGCGAUGUCAAAAUACCAAUCUGGGUGAAAAGAGGGUCCAUUCGGUUUCCGCGUGAACCUACCACUCCCGUGAUAAUGGUUGGGCCCGGAACAGGUGUCGCCCCCUUCAGGAGUUACCUGGAAGUGAGGCUGCAGGAAGAAUGUGGGGCUUUUAUCGAGGAGAAGGUGUACGUGCAACAUAUCAUGAAGCGUCACGGUCCGCUGCUGUGGAAGCUCAUACACGAGAGAGACGCGUGGUUCUGCAUAGCAGGGAACGCUAAGCAGAUGCCGGCGGAUGUGACGGAGGCGUUGAGGGGCGUGGCGCGCAGCGAGGGAGGCCUGGAGGCGGCGUGUGCGGAUGACUACGUGCGCUCGCUCGAGCUGUCGCAACGAUUCCAGACGGAAACGUGGAGCUGAUGAUGGCGGCAGACGCUAGACUAGACGAUGACUCACCAGCCACCGCACAGUGUAUCCUAUAUAUUGUGCUGUAUGUAUUACAUAGUACAUAGUAUUGUAUAUUAGUACAUAGUACUAGGUAUUGUAUACUAAUAUACAUACAUAGUACUGUAUAUUAGUACAUAGCACAUAAUAUUGUAUACCAACCACCGCCACUACCGCGUGGUGUAUCCUAUAUGCUGCUAUACAUAUUACAUAGUAUCCUAUACUACUAUAUGUACAUAGUACAUAGUAUUGUAUAUACUAUAUAUACUGAUAACGGCAGCAGAUAGUAUUGUAUAAUAAUGCACAUACAUAGUACAUGGUAUUAAGAAUAUUGAGAAUUAAGAAAAUAGGCGAGUCUUUGUUUCGAACUAUGAUCUUGUUGUACCUACACAGUCUAGACAAUUCACAAUUUUAAUGCGGUAGAAAAUAAGCAUGUAGUUGAUUGUAAAACAAGCUUCUGCGUGUAAUAAGGAUAAUAACAGUAUUACAACUUUAUUGCUGCAAUUGAUAUGUCUAUCUGAGAA